UUACUGGGCAUACGCGAAGACGUGGAACCAAGUCAAUACAAAAGGCCCACUUCGAAGACCCAAACAUCAUUUCAUUUUUUCUCCACACACCAUCAAAUUCCAGAAUAUUUUUUUUCUCAAAAUUAGGGUUUAACAUACCGGAAAUGUCAUCAUCAUCAACGGCGGCGGCGACCCCAAGUACGGCAUCUACAUCAGAGAAGAAGAAGCCUGUUUUCGUCAAAACUGAAAGCUUAAAGCCAGGUACACAUGGACAUAACUUGACUGUUAAGGUUGUUGAAUCGAAAACCGUCAAAGCUACCGGCGGCGGGAGUCGUGGAGGUAGAUCAUCGGCCUCGUUGAAUUCUCGUGGUCCGGUGCGUCUCGCCGAGUGCCUUGUUGGUGAUGAGACUGCCACUAUUCUCUUUACCGCACGUAAUGAACAGGUUGACAUGAUGAAGCCUGGCGCGACUGUCAUUCUGCGAAAUGCAAAGAUAGACAUGUUCAAGGGUUCCAUGCGACUUGCAGUAGACAAAUGGGGUCGUGUUGAGGUUACUGAACCAGCUGAUUUUGAUGUUAACCAGGAGAACAACCUUUCUUUAGUCGAGUAUGAACUGGUGAACGUGGAAGAGUAGACAGGCUCAUGGGAAAUGAUAGUUUGAGGUGACAGUUGAAUUCUUGUUCCUAAUGUGAAUUCUUAUUAUGCAUCUCUUUGGAAUUUCAUUAGAUUUAAUGAGCAAAGAUGCCCAUAUUUUUUAGCUCAUGAUGAUCCAAUGCCAUCAACAUCAUAUAAUGGUGUUGCUUUGUUCACUUGGUUGGUUAACUAGUUAUAUAGCGUGAGGUUUUUACUUUUAGUCAUUUCCCAUGUUGUAAGAGGUGAAAACCAGUUCCUAAGAAUGGAGUAUUGAUGUCUUUGUAUUUCUAACUUUUUGUUACACAACUUAUGCUAUCUAAACAUACAAUGUAAAAGAAGCUGACUCUUCUGUAUCAACUACUCGUUUUAUAUCUGUAA